AAUACCUGUUCCAAAAGUCAACUUAUGUGCUGCUGCAGGCCUUCCAGUGGACAUGCGCAUGACAAAACGGGAAUAUUUAUAUUUUUACAUCCUGAUACACCAGUGCUCAUCUGAAAUAUAAACGAAAUGGCUCAAAACAUUUUCUUUAUAGAUGCAGUAACGUUAGUAGUUGUCCGGCUUAUUUAUCACCUUUAUCCAAGCGAUGCGUUGAAAGAGAAACACUUCCUGCACUACAAGUUUACAGUCCUGACUAAAGCAGACACAUUCCCAGAGUUCAGUGCUGUUGGUGUGUGUGAUGACAGACAGAUCAAACACUACAGUAAUGAAGGAGGAGUCUGGAAAAAAGAGAAGGAUCUGACUGUAGAUGACUGGAUCGCCGGUGUUCCUAAAGAACCAUAUGAAUCUAGAGACUGGUACAAAGAUCAGCUGAAGACUCUGUCAAACUGCACAAACUCACAGUGUUCUGAGCUUCAUGUUCUUCAGAGAAUAAUUGGCUGUGAACUGGAGAAACUUCCUGAUGGAACAGUGAAUCUGACUGUCUUUGAUGAAUAUGGAUUUGAUGGAGAGGAUUUUAUAUCCUUUAAUUCGGACACUAUGCAGUGGAUUGAUAAAAGCCCCAAAGCCAAAGAAAUCGAAGAGGACUGGGAUCUUUACACAGAACGAAACCAGUUCAUCAAGGAUUACCUCAAGACCUGCACUGACUGGAUCUCAACAUUUAACAACACAAAUAAGAGUUCUCCAGAUGUUCAUGUCUCUGUGAGGAAAGCUCCUGAUGAUGACAGUAAUCUGGUUCUGACGUGUCUGGCCACUGGUUUCUACCCCAGAGAUGUUCAGAUGAACAUUAGAUUGUACAGAAACAUCCUUGAGGAUCAAACAUCUUCUGGAAUCAGACCAAAUGAUGAUGAAACCUUUCAGAUGAGAAUCAGUGUGAAGAUCGACAGAAACCAUGAAGGAUCUUAUGAUUGUCUGCUCAUUCACAGCAGUCUGACUGAACCAGCUUUCAGUAAAUGGGAUGGAAAGUGUCCUGACUGUGAAACAGAAUCUCCACGGCAUGUUAUAGGAGGAGCAAUAGCAGCUGUAGUUAUAAUUCUCACUGUGAUUGUGAUUGUGGUUGUUUACUUCAUCUACAAAAGAAGAAGACCAUGCUGAGACAGCAGCGACAGAGGAGAAUAUUAGUAUGACAGAAACAUGAAAUCCUCUUCUCCACACUCAGGAAUCAACAUAUUUAUUGAGUCACAAUUCAGUCCAACGUAAUGUACUGUAAACCUACAGACACCAGUCGAAAAAUUUGUGAUAAAGAUGGUCUGGACUGAGAUGGAAGCAGAGCUUCUCAACCAAGGGUCUCUGGAUCACACCAUCACACUUAAAAUCAACUAAAAAAGACAGAAUAUUCUUGUAAAACUUUUUAUAAUGAAUCUGCUUUUUUUAUGUUGAGGUCUAAAAUGUUUUAUAGGGUAGAAAUUGCCAUUUGAAAAAAAUCCCAGUAAUCACAAACAACUAGAAAAGUCAUUGUGUAAACCUUGAAGAACAUUCAGUUAUUAAACCUGAAUAAUUAUGGAAAGUAAUCAUUUUAAUUAAUUAUUUUAUUUAAUUAUUUUAAUAUAUUGCCACUCUUAGUUUAUUUAAAUAAAGUGAUUUAAAUAUUGUCUUUGAUAGGUGAUCAGAAAGGUCAAGAACCACUGGUUUUUGGGCUCUGAUUAAAUAAAAUAUUUUUCAUUUUGAUCAAUAUGAAGAGUCAGUACUUCGUUUUUAUUAUUUUUAUUUUUUGCCUUGUCUAUUUAGCCUUUCAAGGGCCCAAGGAAACUUUACAUAAUAUUGGCUUAUAACACAAAUAUAGAGAUACAUUCAAGGAACUACAAAAGGACAGGACCAGGACAGAUCAGACAGUAACCAUAUAGCAAUAUGAUCAUAACAAAAAAGGGAAACAGUGAUUUAAUAAAACAUAGAGUGAAUAAAUAUAUUGUAAGUUCUGUCUGGCCUGGAGUGAGGUUACAACACAGAGGUUUUGAGGAAGCUUUUUCUAAAAUUUACCACAGACAGUGGACAGUUUGAAUUUUGGAAGUGCAAGUGAGUUGUUAGAACAGCUGAAUGUUGUACUAGUUUAAGGAUGAAGGGCAGCGGUCCAAACAUGAGGGUAUGAAGGCAUGAACAACAGUUUCAGCAUCUUUAUGACUGAGCUAAUACGUCAUACGAACAAUAUUGCAAAGAUGGAAAGAACAGGAUUUAACAAGUUGACUGAUAUGCGGUUCAAAACAUAAUUUAGGAUCAAUUUUAGCACUGCUAAAUUCCAUACAAUGGGUGCAGAUAGCAACUCCAUAGGAGACUUAUGACCAACUAACAUGACUUCAGUAUAAUAGCAUGCAGUUUCAAGAUCUUUAGGCCAGAAGUGAUGGAUGGGGUGGAAAAACAGAAUUGGGCAGCAAAAUAGAGUUGUGUAUCAGUAGCAUAACUAUGAAAAUUAAAAACAUAAAGCUGAAUGAUCUGGACUAGAGGAUCAAGACAGUCCCUGUUUAUUAUGUUUCUAUUUGCUCAGUUGAAAUACAGACAUUUAACAUUUCAACAGAUCAAGAACACUUCAUAUUUGUGAUCUGUGUAAGAUUAUUGUGCUCUGUUGAUGUUUCAGGCAGAUGGACAGGGAUCAGGGAGUUUGAAAUGCUUCUGGACACACUGACUACUGUGAAAUUAUACACCGAUCAUUAAUGGACACAUGUUUACAUUUCAUAAGCUAAAAAAUAUUAUAACAUUAUAUAUACGGGAGACGUACUCUUUUGUAUUCAUGUUUGCAUCAGUGGCAAAAAUAAUACUCCAUAAUAGCAUUUCUGUGACUUUCCAAAUCAUGAAAAAUAUCUUGAGAUUAAUUACAGCCGUCAGAAAAGAGAAAGAUGUAAACACUUAGAAACACACACAGCAGCAUUUGCUAAUUUUUGAAAUUUAGAUAAUGUGACAGAAAGCCAAAGCACAAAUAUAGUGUUGUAAAUGUACAAUUGAUUUUUUUUUAAUGAAAAUAUAAAGAAUUUAGCUUGAUGUUUGUAGAUGUUUUUAGUGUUAAUAACUGCAGAAAAGUGUAACAGUCUGUAAUAAAGAGUUGUAUUUUGGGC